AUUGUGAGAGGUUGCAGCGGAUCGUAACAGACACAUAAUCUGUUGAUUCUAUUAUUGUUAAUAUAACAGGUGUAACUGAUGAUUACCAAAGAUUUAGCAAUAGCGAUUUAUCGGAAUAGUAGGCCUAGCUGCAUCAGUUCCAUAACGUGGGAAAAGUUGCGGUAUGAAUAUGGGAGCAACAUCAAGUUCAGAUACUUCUACUGCGGCAACAUCAAGCUCAGAUACUUCUAUUGCGGCAACAUCAAGUUCAGAUACUUCUACUGCGGCAACAUCAAGUUCAGAUACUUCUACUGCGGCAACAUCAAGCUCAGAUACUUCUACUGCGAGUACGUCACAAAAACAUUCACCUGCACAUGGUGUAAUGAGAACUUGGAGAACUUUAACAGAAAAUAUAGCUAUAAGACUUAUAACAUUGUUGGUUUAUAGCGCAAUUGGUUGUGUAAUACCGUAUAUCGCUUUGUAUCUCAGACAGCUAGGCCUAAAUGCCUUCCAAUUAGGUGUUCUCUUUACCAUUAGGCCCGUUCUCGGAGUGUUCUGUACGCCAAUUUGGGGAUAUAUUGCAGAUCGUUUUAAGAUCUGGCGAAUAAUUUUCAUAUUGUCCAUUAUUGGCUCGAUGUCUUUUGGCACUUCUUUGAUAUUUAUACCGACUGCAGAAAGAGUGCCUUGUAAUUAUGCUAUUCAAACGUUGGCAUCAUCUCUCGGAUUCCCACCUUAUGAAAAUAAUAAUUCAUCAAUUAUUAAUAACCAAUCGACAAUCACUGAUGAGGAAUAUUUAAGCGAGUUAAAAGAAACGAUGAUCAAAAAACGUGAGCAGGAGAGUAAAACAUGGCUAUAUACUCAACACAGUUUAACAAUCAUGUUUUUAGAAAUUGUAUUUAUGUUAUUUUUGUAUGAAACGUUUUUCGCUGCAAAUUUGGCAUUUGUGGAUGUGUCGAUUUUGUGUGAAUUAGAUGAAGAACACGAAUCCUACAGCAAGUUUCGCUCCUUCGGGUCACUAGGGUGGAUAAUCGGGUGUCUACUAAGUGCUGGCCUACUGCAGGUUUACAGAACAACUGUUACAUAUUGCGGUAUGGAUUUCGUCGUCACGGACUAUACAAUUGCAUUCCUAAUGAUGGGAGGCUGUUACCUCAUCUCUCUGCCAAUAGCAUGCUCUAUUACUUUUGAGAACAUAUCAAACGAUGUCGAAUACCAUGUCAAGAAGUUUAUGAAGCUUCUGUUGUCACCAGCGCAUAUAACUGUUUAUGUGAUUGGAAUUUUUGUUGGAACAUGUAAUGGUUUUGUUUGGUACUUUCUCAACUAUCAUCUUGAAAACCUAGGUGCAACUCAACUGUUAAUGGGGAUAGCAACGACAGUUGGAGCUCUCUCCGAGAUAGUUUGGGGUUUAUUUUUCCAGAAGAAAGCUAUUGAGCGAUUAGGCCAUACACAAAUACUGGUCAUUGCAUUAGCCUUGUAUUGCAUUCGAUUUCUAAUCUAUGCUGUACUACAAAAUCCUAUUUGGAUUCUCCCGGUUGAGAUUAUUCAGGGAGCGUCAUAUUUUGCCGUAUGGAACACACUCGUUUCCUACACAGUGCACUCAUUCCCAUCCCAGUUUCUCGCAACCAGUAUUUCGUUUCUUAAUGCAAUAUUCCAGAAUCUUGGAGUAGGAAUCGGAACAUUCCUGAGUGGCUGUCUAAUCUACCGAUUCGAUGCAGCUACAACUUGCUACAUCUAUUGCGCGGCAUCCCUCUGUUUUCUUGUAUUGUUUAUCAUCGUACGACGAGUAUUUGCUAAUAUGGAGCCAGAAUUUGAGUCAAUGAAUUUGAUUUCAAAGCAGGAAGAGGAAAAGAGAAAGACUAGCGAAAGUGAGCAAAGCGUACCUGCUAGUGCACCACCAGCGCCAGGUGUAGCACCAGCUCCUUUUCGCAGAAAAUCAUACAGUUCCAUCGACGACAGUUCAUAGUAUGAUAAGUCAACCCCACCUACUAUACAUAAGUGUUUAUAUAGUAAAAAUAUAUAAUAAUUAUAUAUAUCAAACAUCCUUGCCACAUAGCAAUACAGGCCUAGACAACACUAAAGGAACAAUAUAUUAUAAUUUUCUAAAUAAUGUAUUUUAUUGUUUAGUAUAUUAUAAAUGAUAUUUGUUUGAAUGUCAUCAACAUUAUCUGUAUAAUCAGGUGAAAAGCUUCAGUGGAUGUAUUGAUCUAAAUAAUACGGUAACUCAACAUAAUUGUUUAUUAACUUCAGCUACAAAUCUGCUGGGGCGGAUGCUGGGGGGGGGUGCAAGCGGUGUGAUCGCGCACCCCCCCCCCCGGCCCUUGUAUUUAUAUCAUUAUGAACAUACUACUGAAUAAAUUUGAGAGUGCAGUUUCCUGGCACUAUGAUAUCCUCAAAAUUGUCGCACCUCAGCUUCAACCAUGGUGGUGUGGACUCUCACGCGACGCCCUACCGCUAAAUCCUGCAUCCGCCCCAUACCUGCAAAAUGCUGUUAAACGCAGCACCAGAAAUAUCGGCAUCAUUAUAUCAUCAGGGGUGGUGCCAGUGGAGGGGGUACAGUGCCCCAGUUGGGAAGAGCUCCCCCCCCCCCUCGUCGGGGAGAAAACUUCAGUUCGUCGGGGAGAAUAUAUGUAUAUGUAUUUUCUAAAUAAAUUAUUAGUAUACUCCUAAAGAUUAAAUAAGUAUUUGAAACCCCUAAAUUGUGCUUUUUUGGGGCUUCCCCUCCAUGGAAUGCUUUUGAGAGAUUUUGAGCGACCCCCGCCCCCACCGUGGGGGACUCGGGCCCCCACUUCUGGAAAAUCAUGGCGCCACCACUGAUCAUCAUCAACAAUUCAUAAUUAAUUGUACGAAGUCCCACUGUGUAAAAGAUAAUUAAGUUCCCAUUCCAGCAUCCUUCGACGUCUACCCACUAUUUUACAUCCGAAAAGGCGCCGCCAACGUCUAAUCAAGUUGAGUACUGUAUUUCCAAAUAUUAAAAUUCUUAUGGUGUACGUUCUAUAUUUCUCUAGAAUUGGCAAAAUUAUCUUUGAAUUUAAAUAAUAAAAACUGUUCUAUACAAUUGUA